CCGUCAGUCUGACGCAUCGUCAGCCGAAAGCAUUUAGUUUUUUACUAUAUAAAGAAGUAGCUCUAGAAGUCUGACAUCGGAUCUGAUUGCCUCUUCGUGUGUCUGAGAGGUUUCUGUUCAGCGAAGGACUCUGUCGGCAUGUCAGCGGCCACACAGGCAAGACACACAUUUGCUUUACUCAUUUCUUUUUUUAGUAUGUCGACCCUCUCAGGGAACAUCCAACCGUUAGUCUAAAUUGACGUUGCUAGCUAACGUUAGCUAAGUGGCUAACUAACAAUUAGUUUUUAAUGUGAUUCUGUGGCUUCUGUUCAGUGUGUUUUGUGUGACACUCGAAUCGGCGUAGCAGAAAACAAUUGUGAAACAACGGGCUGUUUUAAAAAAACAAUUUAACAGCCUUUGACCCAGUUAGCUGGAAUGCUGCGUUACGUCUUCUGGGUCGUGUUGUUGUUCUCUUUGUAGUUUGUACUGCGGGUUCAAACCUGUGCUGACGCUCCGGAAAACUCCACACCUGUGGCACAUAUGACUGCAUUAGUGGAGACGUCGAUUAACUAGUGUGUGUUGGCUGUGAACGGGAACUAAAGAGACGUAAUAAGGAUGUUAAUCCGUAAUCAACCGGAUAACGACAGGCCCCCUUUCUCUCUCCAGCAGACGAUGAGUACAGACGGAGACCUCGCGCGGGGUGCCUCUGGGUGGUCCACUCAAGGAAACUUCACUUCCCUUUGCCCGAACGGGUCCAAGUGGGUUUGGGAAGGACUCGGGGAAUGCGCGCAGGACGGGAGGGACAUGGCCAGCAUUUACCUCGGCCUCCUGUCCAUCGUCUUCUUCAUGGUGUCUUCUCUUCCACAGUACUACAGCUCGUGUAAAACGGGCAACAUGGACCGGGCCCUCUCCAUUUGGUUUCUGCUGCUGUGGUUGGGAGGCGACUCCUGUAAUCUGGUGGGCUCCUUCUUGGCAGACCAGCUUCCGCUUCAGACAUAUACAGCUGUUUAUUAUAUAUUAGCUGACCUGUUGAUGCUGGCCAUGUACUUCUACUACAAGAUAUCGAACAAGAUGUUAGAAAGAAGGAGGGUUUUGCACAUGGUGGGUGUCGCCUGUGUCCUGGGCUUCACCACAGGCCUCGCCCACCUCCCUGGAUUAGGCACCCAGCAUGAAGCGGUUCCUUCUGGGUUCAGAGGUCGUGCCUUGCUCUCUACCGCUGAUCUUAGUUCCAUCAAGGCUUUUACCCCGAGAGAAAUCAUUGGUUUCUCCAUUGGCUCAGUGUCGUCAGUUCUCUACCUCUUUUCCAGAUUGCCCCAGAUGUACACUAAUUUUAAGAGGAAGUCGACAGAGGGUGUGUCUUUCUUCCUGUUCGCGUUGGUCAUCCUGGGAAACACCUCGUACGGCCUGAGUGUCCUGCUCAAGAACCCUGAUGAGGGCCAGGGCGAGAAAAGCUACAUAAUCCACCACUUGCCAUGGCUCAUCGGCAGCCUCGGCACCCUCUCCUUAGACCUCAUUAUCUCUCUCCAGUUCUUAAUUUACCGGAAAGCCAAGUUGGCGGGUGACGUCGGCCACGGUGAGACGACUCCUCUGAUUGGGAGCUAAACCAAGAGGGUACUGCUGGGACACGAAACGGACACUAGCUUCCAGGGAAGCCUCAAAAUCACACAUCCAACAGAAUCGGGACGAAAGAACAUUUUUAGCUAGAUUUUAUAGUGUAACUUAUGAUGAUCUAUUUUUAUGUUUACACUUUGUUUUCAUCUGCAAAAAGUACAGUGACAGCUGGAGUCCCCCACUGGGGUUCAGCUGCAGUGAUGGGAUUUCCGAUUCUCUCAGCAUUUGAGUUUUAGAUGGACGAUCGAGGGUUUCAGGUGUCACACAUGGAUUAAAAAAACUCCCGUCAACCCCAAAUCCUCCUGAUUUUAGGCCACGACCUCCAUUUGAUUUCAGACCUAAUAUAGAUGUCAGAACUCUGCUGUCCGUGAAGUAUUCUGGUGUUUUUAAGUUGCCAAACACUUUGACGGCGUCGACACUUAACGCUGCGUGAAGCCCAGUUUCAUCCUGUUGCAGUGACUCACGCGUCUGACCGCAAAAGUGUAUAUUGUAUUUGGUACAUUUUUUUUUUUAUUGUUUACACCAAGUGCUUUAAUCACAGUUUUGAGAAUUGUUCAUUUAUUUUAUUAGCUUUUAAAAAAUAAAAUGGACACUUGACCAAUUGAGUUUGCACUGGUGAUAAAAGUUGCAACAUGUUUUUCACUACCAUGUUUAAUUUACUUUUUUUUUUUUUUUUUUUCAUUCUCACUGUUUUGCACAACAAAAGUUCGAUUUUGUACUUUGAUAAAUGUUGAAUAUGUUCUGUAGGUCAGUGUACUGUAAAGAUUAAACAUUAAAUACGUAA